AUGCUUAGGCUCCUCUCGGUUGAACCAGAUGGUAAAGCCAAUGGUCUUCUGGAGGCGGGGGACAUUCUGCUCAGCAUCAAUGACGUCCACUGCCGGUCACGUGCUGAGGCCAUUCAGCUGGUCAAGAGUGCCUUCAACACCCUGACCCUCACAGUCUGGAGAACUUCGACUUCAAGUAACAGCCCCUGCUCUGCUCCAAAUGAGGGCAUGUUUUCUGUCGUUGUCGUAGGGGGUAGCGUUGAGUCAAGUGCUAGUAGCCCAAGUCCCUCAUUUCUAAAAAAGGCCCAGGAAAUUAAAGAUAAGGAACGUAACAAAGAAAAAGACAGUAAAGAAAAUAUACCUGCACCCAUUGAAGAAGAAACAACAAAACGGAAUUCUAUUGAAGUUCAAGUGCGAUCCCCAAGUUCAAGAUCCAGGGUGCGACCUCGUUCAUGGCAUCCAGUAGGCGGCGAUGGUGACACUGCCAAACUCACACUUUCACCACUUGACGACAGUUCUUUCAACGAACUCAGCAGUCCCACUGCACGCACACAAGGCACUGCACAGGACAGUCCAUUCACCUCGCCCACACGAACACUAGCAGAACUUAAAGAGAGUGCGGCUGAGGCUGAAAAUACACCGAGCAAUAAUAAUGUGAACAAAAGCAAUAAUAGCAAAACACUGAACACUUAUCAUAGUGCCUAUAAUCUGAGUGACUAUCCUGAGGAAGCUCAAUCAAGUGCAAAUUUUACAAAUAAAGACUCUGACGUCAUGAAGGGGACCAACAGACGCUCCUAUGGUGGCAUGCCAACACGGACAAUGCACACGGCCUACUCCACGCCAAAUCUGGAUAAAGAAGAAGCAGAUCGUAGUAGGCUUUCAAUGUAUAAUGCUCUGAAUACGCGAUCUGGAUAUAAAUUUUUGCCUACGAAGCAGCAGCAACAGGGACCAUGGGAAAGCAGUGUGGGAUCAUGGGAUACAAGGCCUUUUGAGGCAUCGCCACAGUAUGGAGGGUUUCAGGAUAGCCCGCCUCGGCAGAUUUCACAUUCCAUCCAAUGCACAAGGGGACCAAACUAUCGAAGAUCAAACAACGAUUAUGAAAAUUUCUACAGAACUGAAUAUCACAUUGAUGUUGAUCAUAGUCGCCAUCCAGAGCCACAAGAACAACCGCCAGAGAUUCCUCCACCUCCAAGAGAGGAAGACCUUGUAGACUCAUCCUCUCAGCAACAGUCCCCUCCCAUGCCUCCUGUGAGGGAUGCCUCCAGUCUGAAAUAUUUCAAAGCAAGUCACAACAUGGACAGCAGUCUACAGCAGUGGACUGCUCCCAGUGUGAGUUCUCCAGUGGAGGGGAAACCCCCUGAAUCUCCUGGCUAUGUCAGUGCCCCCAGAACAAAUAACGCUUGGUCUGAGCAGACAGGAACCACAAAUAAUAACGACUUUUCCAAAAGGUCGCGGGGUGUCUUGUCAAGGUCAUAUGAUUCCACACUGAAUCCUUCCUUCAGUGAUGUCAAUAAUAGAUUGUCACAUGAAAGAGGAUACGAAGAUGUUGUAAAGAGUCCCCAGGAGCUGGAAAUGAGGGCAGGGAAUGUUCAUCGUGCAACAGUGGCCAAGGUUCAUACUGUGGAAGAAGACAGGAAGCUGAACAGCACAUUCCCCAUGGAUUCUAAAUCCAGCAACAGUAUGGAAAUCCAAACUGAUUACUCUGAGUAUCAGUCAUCAUCCACAUACCCUGGUGGUAGGAUGGGAAGAGGGUAUGAGGAUGAGGAUUAUUCAGCCCCAUCUUCACAGCGAGAUGUCAUUGUUAAACAGAAUGGCGAAACUCAGACAGAGCCUCAAGAGGAAAGGAAAAGUUUUUCAGAUCUUGUUGCGCGGUUUGAAGGUCAGAAAGGUGGCAGUCGAGGUAGUGGCAGUAUGGAGGCAAGGCGCACUGUGGUCAAAUCUGCAUCCACUUCUACUAUAGGGUCACAGAGGUCACAGCAGGUGAAUUCCCCUCUUAAUGAAAGUGACAGCUACACGUACAUUGUGCGUAACAAACCUUACUAUAACACCAGUACACAAACGGACGACCUUGACACACCUGUCACAGAGAGGCAGCUCCAACAACCUCACACACCCAGCGUUAACAAUAAAAUGAGCUCAAGUAAAAGUGAGUCCAGUAUUAAGAAACAUGCAGAGGUUCAAGUGGACACAGAUUUCACUGGAGUCUACCAUGCUCAACCUGUGAUGAGUAGCAGUGGGACUCAGGUGGACCCUGAGUCUCCCACCCUGAAAACUACCCAGGCCACCACAUCCACACAUACAACUGCUCCUGCAGGAACCUCGGGACACGGGGCGAUUUAUCAUGAAAAUGAACCAUACAGGAGAAUUCAGGCAUGGAUGCAACAUGCGGAAAAUCAUAAACUAUCUGAUGUGUCGAGUGGAUAUAAAUCUGAUGAUGGAGCUAGUAGGUUGGCUAAAAGUAUGACAGAUAUCGCAGAUGAGGAUCACUAUGAGGACAAACAUGAUGACCAUAUACCAUCACAAGAGGAAGAUCAGGUGAAUUCUGAUUCCACGCUUGUGAAUAGUAAAGUAGAGGCUGAUGAGCCUAAAUCCUCUGAUAAUGAUAAUGAGACUCAAGUCAUUCCUUACCAUUCAUACAGUGACAGUACAGCGCCUAUGCUGAGAAAGCUGUCAGCAGAAAUGUACAAGCAACAGAUAAAAGAACAACAGCAGUAUGACCAGCUGCAACAGGAGCAAGCGCAGCAGCAAGAAGAAGAAAUCAAACAACAAGAGCAGGAGAAAUUAUUAGAGGAACAGCAGCAAGAUACAUUAAAAUAUUUUCAACAGCCACCUGCUGAUGUUACAGCUGCACAAGUUCAGGAGCAAAAAUUACAAGAAGAACCCAAUGUGCAAGGAAAUGAAAACCAGUUUGAUAACUGGCAAAAUGUUGAUAUGAAGGAAUCUGAAAAUAAUUAUGAGGAAGACAAUGCCAAAGAGGUGUCAGACACCCCAACACAACAGCACACACAGCAAAGUACAAAUAAUUCUGAUAUGGAAACUACUCCAGUUGCGCCAAAACGUAAGAAGCGGGAAGAACGUUUGAGAAUGAAGCAGGAAAAGUUGAAGCAGGAACAAGAGCACAACAGUCUCAACCAGUCAUUGCAACAGCUCUCAAAAAAUCAAAAUAAUCCUCAAUCCCAGCAACAACAGCAACACUUAGAGUCUCCUUCAUAUCAUAUGCAUAGGUCACAUGACACAGAGAAUAAUUACAAUAGGGGGAGACACUCUCUAGGAGAGACCCCUAGAGACAAAGAAAGAGACAGUCCUGUGAGUCCAACACGUAAGACUUCAGUCAUGAAAGCUUAUGGCAUUUAUGAAGACAGUUAUGAAAAUAACCCUGAUAGUAGGCCAGUAUCAGAACAACAACGGAGGUCUUCUCAAGGUGACCAGAGGUCACAUGGUGAUGCUAGGUCACAUGGCGAUAGUAGAUCACAUGGAGAAAGCAGAUCACACAGUGAUCGAAAGUCAUAUGGAGACUCUAGGUCACAUGGUGAAAGAAGGUCACAUGGUGAACCUAAACAAUUGAGUACAUUGCCAGAAGAAUCAUCCAGAUCUAAUCAAAAGGGAGAUUCUUCUCAAUAUAGGGAGCGAGGUAUCGAUGUUCACCCACAAAGAGAUAUUCCACCAGAGCAGGAUAGACGCAGACGGCCAUAUCAAGCUGGUUAUUAUGAUCAGGAUCAUGGCAGACAUGCCUAUGAAAAUGUCUACCAGGGCCAGCAACCAGAAAGACAUGCACAGUCUCGUGCUUCUCAUCAUCAUCACCACAGCCACUCCAAGAGUAUGCAGCAUCCUCACAGGACAGACCCCCAGGAUUCACACCUCAAUGCAACAUUCCCUGUCAGUCAUGGCCGCUCACAUUCCGCCUCCUCUCUGCAGCCAGGACCAGCUUCACUGCCUUCUCCGCAGCAGUCAUAUCCAAGCCAGUACGAGCCCAAACCACUGGGACAGAUUGCUGAAGUCAACGAGAGUCGAGGGUCUGAGGAAUUUGAUCGUGACCAUUGGAAGAACCAUUUGGAUAGAAUGGCUAAAGACUUGAGUAAAGUGCCUCAUGAGAGGUACAGAUUAAAACGUACCACUUCAGAACAAAUCAGGCCAAUCAAGGAGCGUGAAAAAGGAGGGAGUGUUGAUUCUCAGAAAAGUACAGAUUCAGAACGAGAGAGGCAGAAUUCCGAUCCCAAUAGGGAACCAAUGAGAGUAUCACGAGGGUCAGACCCGACAAAGGAAAGCCCACGUGAAGGAAGUAAGAUAAAGCGACGAGAGUCUGACAGGUAUGAUGUUUCUAGAAAACAGAGAUACAUGGACAUAGCAGAGGAGAAAUCUAGCCGUGAAAAACGAUAUUCUGAAGGAAGUGACAGUUUGAGGCGGCCUACAAAUCCAAAACGUCGCCCCAUGUCUGGUUCAGUUUACAUCGGUGGACAACAAGAUCCAAACCGGGUGCGUAUGUCUGAUCCUGACCAGAAGGUACAGGUACAACAGGCACUGCUGAACUUCUAUGAAAUGAAGACUGGAAAACGCAUGGACAUUUCCAGUGGCAGCAGUAGCAUAUCUGAGGAAAACCCCUUGAAUUUUACCAGGGACAGGUAUGGAACCCUGCCCCCUGGCUGGAAAGAUAGGACACCAUCUCCUGGAAAACGCCGGGAACAUAGUGAGUACGACCCUCUGAGCAAGUCCAUGCCAGUGCCAAGGGAAAGCCCUGGUCAGCAGCGACCACAAGAACGACCUUCCAGUCAGAGACGUACGCGGAGCGGUGAAGAUCCUCGUCAGUAUAGAUAUGAACGUGACAUGCAACAGCAGCAAAUGCGUCCUGAUAUGUUAUCACCAUCAUCGACAUCAUCAGCAACACAACAACAGCAGUAUCGGCGACAAGAUUCAGCAGAGCGUGGCGAUGAACGGGGAAGCAGACGUUCAACAUCUUCAUCCACAGCCUCCAGCCAUGACAGAAGUUCUAGGAGUGGAGAGAGACCGGGGUCGUUAUCGUUGCCAGGACCAGAGGAGAAGUACCCGCCUCGUAUGGCGCCUCUCAUGCCACAGGUGACCAGGCCGAGAUUCAGGAGACAGGUUUUUAAGUUUUUACUCAUUUAUCCACUAACAGAAUGUUUAUAUUACAUAUAUUAAUGUUGACAUAUUUGGGAAUAUACCUAGUUGUAAGGACUGAAAUAUUUUUUUUUAUGGGUGGGUGGAAAUUUUACCUCAGAAAUUGACCAUUUUAUAAGUAAUGUUUUCAAGUGUAACAAAAUAAUAAGAUAAUAAGAACUGUAACCUUCAUGUAACCAAAAUGUUGUAAUUGAAUUACUUACAAAGUAACCAUUGUUUGAAUAAGAGGAAGCACCCUGUAGGCUAGACCGUAUUUGUGGUAUAGAGUAAAAUACCUAAUUCCCUUUAAAAAAUGAAGCAUUUUAAAGUUGAAAAACAUUUAAACCUGUAACUCUGUGUUAAAAUAUUCCUGACGUGAUUUUCAUUCUCUGUUUAUAUUUCUUUUACAUGUUUUCUCAGAGUGAAUUUUCUUCUAAUCACAUGUGAUCCAACUUUUACAUCUUUAUUAUGAUGACUCUGAAACUUUACUUGAAACCAAUCUUGUUUUAUUUUGAGUUCUCUGAACACAAGUUCAGAUGGGUAUUUGGCGUGUUGUUUUUAUAUGGGGUCUAAAUGGUCCUUACAUUCAGUCAUUAAUUAUUUAAUUGGUUUGUUAGUGGAUAGAUGCUACUGCUUAAGAACUUGUAUCUCUGUGUUUGUUUGUUUGUUUAUAUGUAUAUUUAUAUUAUUGAUGUGUUAUAUCUAAUAUUUUGUGUUCUUUUGUUUAUUUCUACUUCUAUUAGAAAGCUUUAGAAUAGA